GUACCUGUAUCCAUGGCGAUGAUGAGUCCUCAGAUGAUCACCCCUCAGCAGAUGCAGCAGAUCCUGUCUCCUCCUCAGCUCCAGGCUCUACUGCAGCAGCAACAGGCCUUGAUGCUGCAGCAGGGUGGUGUGUCUCUGUGGCCUGACGUGCUGCUCUCCCUGCAGUUACAGGAGUACUACAAGAAGCAGCAGGAGCAGCUCCACCUCCAGCUCCUCACACAGCAGCAGCAGCAGCAGGCUGGGAAACAGGCCGCCAAAGAGCAGCAGCUAGGCAGCAAGCAGCUGGCCUUUCAGCAGCAGCUGAUCCAGAUGCAACAACUCCAGCAGCAACACAUCCUCAAUCUGCAGAGACAAGGUCUGGUCUCCAUACAGCCCUCUGCCCCCAUGCAGUCUCUGCAUCACGAGGAGCAUGCUGGCUCCCACCAUCUCUAUGGCCAUGGAGAGUGCAAGUGGCCGGGCUGUGAGGCUCUGUGUGAGGACAUGGGACAGUUCAUCAAGCACCUGAACAAUGAGCAUGCUCUGGAUGACCGGAGCAGCCAGUGCAGGGUCCAAAUGCAGGUGGUCCAACAGCUGGAGAUCCAGCUGGCAAAGGAGAGUGAGCGACUGCAGGCUAUGAUGACCCACCUGCACAUGCGCCCUUCAGAGCCAAAGCCUUUCAACCAACCUCUGAAUCUGGCAUCCAGUGCUUCUAUGCUGAAGCGGGAGAGUGAGGCCUAUCCGGAGGGCUUACCUCACCCCCCCACCUCGGCGGCCGCCCCCAUCACCCCCCUCCGCCAGGGCCCCUCCGUCAUCAGCUCCUCCAGCCUGCACACACACUCCCACUCACACACACACGGCAUCGGACCCAUACGAAGGCGCAACGCUGACAAGUUCUGCACACCCAUUGCCUCAGAGCUGGCUCAGAACUGUGAGUUCUAUAAGAAUGCUGAUGUCAGGCCCCCAUUUACCUACGCCUCUCUUAUACGCCAUGCCAUUCUUGAGGCUCCAGACAGACAGUUGACUCUUAAUGAGAUCUACAACUGGUUUACACGAAUGUUCGCCUACUUCAGGAGAAACACAGCCACAUGGAAGAAUGCCGUGCGUCACAACCUGAGCCUGCACAAGUGUUUUGUGCGAGUGGAGAAUGUCAAAGGAGCUGUGUGGACUGUUGACGAAGUGGAAUACCAAAAGAGGAGACCACCAAAGAUGACCGGGAGUCCUACUCUGGUGAAGAACAUGAUUUCAGGCCUGGGCUUUGGCUCCCUAAAUGCCAGCUACCAGGCGGCCCUGGCUGAGAGCAGUCUCUCCCUGCUGAACAGUCCAGCGCUGCUUAACCCCUCGUCUGCCGCCAGCCUCAACAUGCUGCAUGUGGGCCACGAUGACGUCAGCUCCACUGUGGAGCAGGUCAACAGCAACGGCAGCUGCAGCCCCACACUGAGCCCUCAGCAGUACAGCCACCAUGUGCAUGUGAAGGAGGAGCCCACUGAGCUGGAGGAAGACUGUCGGCCCAUGUCACUCAUGGCUCAGAACUUGCCGUUGCCUAGUGACGAACGUGACCUGGAGGAGGAGCUUCCCACUGAGGAGCUGGAGUAGGAUUGGAGUAGGAUUGGCCUAGAUGGUCCAGAGGGGCGGGACCUAAAGGCUGAAUCCCAUUGCCUAGAGAAAAUAUAACACCAUUAAGAGAUCACAUAUGAAAAGCCAGAAACCAACAAACAACAACAACAUUGAGAACCUUCAAACAGGGUUAGAUGACCUUCGCUACUUACAGACGCAAAAACCAGACUGUGGAGCAUUGCUUUAUUUCAUUUGUUAUGUUUCUACGCUCAACCCCCCCCCCCCCCCCCCCCAACUUGACAGCUCUCUCUCCCCACCACCACACUCCAGAAGCUGUGUACAGGCAGAGACCCUGAGUUCUGGGUGGAUAACCACACCAACCCUAACCCACCCCCUCCCAAUCCCUGCUCACUGUCGGGCCUGGGAUAUUCAUUGUGUACCACUUCAGUAUACGUACAGGCGUGUGUGGGACGGGGGAGAGUACGGCACACACACACACAUCAGAUCAUGUGUAUAUAUUUUACGACAGUCACCAGGGGGGGUGCUGUGUACCUCUCAUCUUUUUUCCCUCUGAUUUUAUCAAUAGUUUUUUCUUUUUUUGGGCUUGGAAAAACUGCUGGGCUUUGAGAUGGAAGGAAGGACAGCGGAACGUUCUCAAAGAUUACCUCAAAUCCGCUCACACACGUUGACUUAACUAACUUACUGAAGCCAGUCAGUGAUCUAGGGGAGACUGAGGCCUGUGGUCCUGGUGGCACUCAACAAGACUCUCAGAGACACGUUUGGCACCCUACUUCUUUAUCAAAGAAAAAUAGAUUAAAAUACCCCCUCCUCCCUACAAACACACAUACACUCACACUUCCCCAACUAAAAGCUCAACUAAAAGAGACAACAUGUGCUUUCCUCUUCCUCCCCCUCAGUCUGGGAUGGAGAGAUGGGUGUAGAAUGCUCAGAAACAGAGAGAGGGUAAGAGGUAGAAAAAGAAUGGAGGGAGUGUAAAACCAAGAAAUGUCUGACUAAAAAACAGAAAAUUAUGGAAUAUAACAAAAGUGUGUGGUAGCUUUGUCAUUUCCGCUUCUAUUUGACGUUAUUAUCUACAUUUUUUUUUAUUUUCUGAGAAUCAGUAUUUCACGGUGGUGUUCUGUUUCAAAUGAUCUUUUAUAAGAAUGUUUUGUAUGUUUCAUUUACUCUUCUUGUUCACACCAUUCCAAACUAGUGAAAGAAAGAAACCACAGUAUUGCCCCAGUAAUUACCUCUAACUAAAGCCCAUUCAACCAACGACCAUCUUCUAUCCCUACCUACCCUCCAUUUACCCUCCCCGCCCUAUAUCCAGCCUCUAUCUACCGUCUAUCCCAACGGAGCAGCCAGGACUGAGAAUAGCACUUAGGAUUGAAAAGUCACCAUUAUCCAGACUCUUCAUUAUUCAUCUUUUUGUUCCUUUUUUUAAAUUCUUUUUUUAAUUUGUUGUAUAGUUAGUUGAGAAACAUCAGCUGUGAUACCAAGCAAUGCUUUAAAAAGAUGAUAUUACUGCAGUCAGAGAAUACCUCAUCCCACAAAGGUUCUGCCUGGAACUGUGUCCAAAUUGUUAAAGAAAAAAGGGGGAAUUCUUUCUGUGGGACACCAAACAUGGAAACUCUGCUCAGUUUCAUUUCAAAGUUCUAUGGUUAUAAUAGUUACUGUGUAGAAGCUAUCUGCAAUUCACUGUGUGAGUUUGUGUCAAAGGAAUAGCAUGUGAGAUCUAAUCUUUUUUUUCUCCUGUAAGCAUAAAACAUUAUCUUUCCCUCUAUACAGUGCCAUACCAAAUUUUACAAAUAAUUUUAAUGUAAUAUCUGCUUUUUCUUCUCCCGUUUUUGUUUUCGUUACAGGUAACCAAAGAAAUGUGUAGUAAACCAAAAACCCUGUAGUUUAUUUUUCCCCUUUUGAGUUUUUCCUCAUAAAGAACUGGCCAAAAGACUAGGAACCAGGAGGAUGAAAUAUCAUUGUAUUAUCACAGAACUGUUAUGUUGAAUUGAUUCAUUACAGUUACAAUUACAGCGCUGAUCGUUCUAAAAACCAAAGUAUGAAAUGUUUAAAAACAAAUUGGUAAUGCUAAAGAGUGUAUACAUAAUUGGUGACAAACGACUCACAUUCGGUAGGCCAUGGUAGAAGGCUAAAAACAGUAUUAACCAACAUCUUGCAGUUCAUUUGAUGAAAGAUUGAAUGCACUUAAGAUGUCAAGCUCUGUCAGUGUGGCAUGCUCACACCCAACUGAAACACUGCCCCAACAGUAUGGGCAUUAAACGAUGGAACAAGCCCAUAAUUAUCUUACCCUCUUAAGGCACUUGAACACAAAGUAGAAGCCAGUAAAAAUGCCGCUAUCUGGCUACCUGGCAUCCCCUAGGAUGCUCUUCUUGUGCUGCAAUACAAUUUGUCAAAUCAACCAAUGCUUUUCCAAUAAAACAAAUACAAAUAUUUGAUUUUGAUUGAAAAUAGCCCAAACAAAAGUCACAAAAGUAAUGUUAAUGCUCAUUUAUGUGUUACUGCACAGCAAUAAAACAACACGUUUUAUAUGUUGUUGGUACCAAAUGUCUCAUCAGCAGGAAAAAUACAAUGUUUUUCACUUUCAUUUCAUCACCUUUGAUUUGAACGACAAAUAGGAAAUAAAAUGGCAAAUUAUGUAACUGUAAAAGGAACACACCAAGGGACAUCUGGGGAAAAGAUGCUGUCAAACUAACUCUUGCACUUUUUUGCAGUUUUCUUUUUAGUAAGGAGGAGUCUUUAAAAUAACUUUCUGUUCAAAGUAUCAUCUUACUGAUUUGUAACUAGCAAAGUAGGAGAGGGACAUCUUGCUAUGAGAUAAAAACCAAAAAUAACACUACCUCCUUUUCAAAAUGGUUCAAUACAUAGCCAGUGGGAGACUGUGCACCCAUAUGAAAUAUUUCCUUUUUCAUUCUACUUCAAUAAUGAUAACCAAUUAUACCAAAACUGUUACUACACAUAUUGUAUGUCUGAGAAAGCUAGCCUGGCUAUCUAGACUCCAAAAUUCAUGUGCUUGAGCCCGAAAAACAAAGAAACGCUACACGUUCCAUUGAGUUAAAGAUGACUACCUCUCCUAAAACAACCGUUAAAGCGCUCUCUAGUUCUUAAAGUGUGUAGUGAAGUGGUCACCAUGUUUAAAAGGUCUACUCUCUGCUGCGUAUUAUUGGCUGUCUCCCUGCUCCCUAUUAUCAUGGGGCUGUGUGAACAGCCUCCUAAUUGCGCGCUCUAAUUGUAUGCGUGCAUAUUGAUGAGCAGACUCAGCUGUGAGCCAAUAAGAAACUGGUCGUUAGUGGCAACUCAAUGGGGCAGGGAGCUGGUUGUCAGGGGUGAUGAUGGGCAGAAUAUAUCAGUGCCAGUGGCCUCCACAAACACACAAACACACACACACACACACACACAUUAGUGGUCGGCCGACACGCUUCAGCAGCCUGGGGCUUGACAAUAAGACAAAGCACAGCUUUACUAUGGCUGUGAUAAAAGACAAGCCCCCUGUAACACACACGCACACACACACUCAUUCACACACUUUGUUGUACUAAGGGACCCUAAUCACCAGCCAAAAGCACCAGAGGUGUCAACGACAACUUCAGUAUUUGAGUGACCAAUCUCAGUCUUUGGGCUUGUUGCCACAGACUGUGACUAGAACAGAUCCUUCGGGCUCCAGCCAGCCCAGUACCAGGGUGAGCUGGGCCCAGGGUCCACCUAGCCCUCCCUGCUCCAGCCCAGUACCAGGGUGAGCUGGGCCCAGGGUCCACCUAGCCCUCCCUGCUCCAGCCCAGUACCAGGGUGAGCUGGGCCCAGGGUCCACCUAGCCCUCCCUGCUCCAGCCCAGUACCAGGGUGAGCUGGGCCCAGGGUCCACCUAGCCCUCCCUGCUCCAGCCCAGUACCAGGGUGAGCUGGGCCCAGGGUCCACCUAGCCCUCCCUGCUCCAGCCCAGUACCAGGGUGAGCUGGGCCCAGGGUCCACCUAGCCCUCCCUGCUCCAGCCACUGAGGCCCUGCUCCAGCUGAGGUACAAGCUCAGAUAUCCAAAGACAACACAGAGAAUCACCCGCACCACAAACACUCGUACAGACAAGACACUGAGAGUAAUAACACAUGCUUUGAAAGGAAUUUAUUACUAUUAUUAUUGUUAUCCAAACUCUCACAAAGAGGAACUGCUGCAUUCAGUAAAUAAAUGAUCUGCGCUGUGCUUUAAGGUACACCUGUAAACAAACCUGUUUUAUAAAGAUGUAAAAUGACAUUUGUCGAUGGUGUCAGAUCACCAUAAAACACUUCUGUUCUUUCUCUGGCUUCGCAGGUAUGAUGUAUUAUUGUAUAUUAACGCUUGGCUUCUCUCUCCAGGGCAUUCUUUCUCAUUUUGUCUUUUGGAUUUUCUUUUAUCUUUUUCUUUCGGCUCCUGUUUAGCAAUUGUAAAGCUUUCAGCUCUGAUUCUUAUACUGUAUUGCUAAUGCUGAAGUGUAUGUAUUUAUCAUAUUAAGUGCUGCAGGUAUCUUGGUUAAUAGUUUUGUUUGUUUUCCUUUUUUCAGUUUCUUCAUAAAACGUCUGGGACGCUGAUUUUUUAAGUGUAUUAUCUCUAAAAAAAGACAAAAGAGUGAAAGUUAGAUCAGUGGUUUAGGUAACACCUGUUUGUAUAUUUAUCUUAGCUAGGUCUAUUUUGAUACUUUUUGUCUCUGUACUGCAUUUAUGCAUUUUUAAGGAAAGAAAAAAACAUCUGAAAACAAACUAAAAAGUUACAUUGACUAUGUAUUGAUACCUCAGAAGGACUUUUCUCAAAGACAGGACCAAAACCUCAGAAAGGAAAGAGAGAAAGAGGAAAAAAUGAAAAGAGAAUAUGUAGCCCCUCUCUUGCUUUUAAAGACGGAGUGAUGGAAAGUGUUGUUGUUGGUCCUUUUAGGUGCCAAUAUGUGUCCCUGACCCCUCACCCCUGAACCCUGUCCUUCCUGUGCUGAUCCCUCAUCCUAUGGGCUGUCAAUCACCUGCUGUCCAAUCAAAAGCCUUGUUUCACACAGUCCAUAGUUUUUAAAGAAAUAAAGUUACCUUUAAAUAGCCCACCUCUCAUAUCUACCUAGCCUGAUCAACAGACUAUCCCACAGUGUCAUACCAAAUGAGCUAGAGUAAAGGCUGUCAGAGAUGUAGUUUGUCCUCUGUCUACCAAAGGCGUUGUAAGCGACUGUAGCUUAUCCCAAACACAUCAGCUAACCACUCGCCACAACUGAAACUGAACUGUAACCAAACCAUAUCCAAACUCUCUCAUUCUGACUGACCGCCAUCACUGAUCAUUCCUCCUCCAACUUGAGUGGCUAUCAUUCUAUUGGCUGACCAGGGAGAUGGUUAGACCAACCCUACUCUGUGAUUGGACAGCUCGGCGGCUUAUGACGAGGGGUAAGGGUCUUUUGAAGGGGAGCGUUGCCUGAUGGUGUUAUUCAGUUCAUGGCCAAAAAAAAUGGAACUACCACUUCAGCUCUCCUCUGGGUGUACGUUAGGAAUGGGUGUACAUUUUCAGCAGUGACUCUGUAUCGUUAUUUAGUUUCCGUUUACCUGUUUACCUCUCUUUAUCCUUUUAUUUUGUUCUGUUUCUUAUUUUUGAAAGUGUGACCCAGGCGAAGGGUUGUGGGUGGGAGUAAUUUCUUGAGACAGUUGCCCUUUGCCCUUUGCCUGGGUGGCCAUGUAAUGCCAGUCACUGCCCUUUCUUUCAUGCUGUAUAAAAACACACAUAUAUCUGUGUAUUUGUAACCUGAAUCUUCUUGUGUCUGUCCAUGCAGACAAUAAAAAAACUGUACAGUAGGUCUAGUUGCAUGUAAUCUGUACUAAUUAUUGACAAUGGCAUUAUAAAAUGCAAUAAAAUACUUAUUACACUGUC